UUCAUUUCAUUUUCUUGGCGGCAAUCGCUGCGUUGACAUAAUCACGGAUUACGGAUUACCUCCAUCUCCUCCUCCGCCAAGAUGCACUUCCUCACUCGCUCAUGGAGUCCACUGCUCCUGUUGGCUUUCAUCUUGAGCUUUGGCGGGGAUAUUGAAGCCUCUGGCUUGCGUCUUCGCCACUCGAGAAGAUCCACCUCGCCGCUUCCAUUGGUUAGCACGACGCCCACCACCACAACAGUAGCGGAGGAGGCACCGCCACAGACAGUCGUGGAGGAGAGUCCCAUCCAGGUGACAGAAGCCGAACCCGAGGCGGAAAUCACCACGGGCAAGCAUAAGCGUGGCAUACUGCAUGCCGGAGCAGCAGCAGCAGCAGGUGGCCAUUGGCCAGCUAGGACUUAUGCUGCCCAUUAUGGCUAUAGCCUGCAGUUGCCUGGAGGCAGUGCCUUUCUGACAGCAGUUCCCUCGCAGCGGCAUUUCAUCAAGUAUGGACAUGGACAUGGGCAUGGGCUGCGUCCCCUGGUGACCCAGGCUACGGGCUUGGGAGGUGCUCUGCUGCCAGUUGCUGGUGGGAUUACUCCAGCUCUAGCGGGGGUCUUGCCUGGUGCUUUGCCUGCUGCUCUUCCUGCUGCUCUUCCUGCUGCUUUACCCACUGGAGUGGCUAGUGUUAUACCUGGUGGCCUGGCUACUACCUUGUCUGGUGUUCCCGCGGCAGCGGCAGCUCCUCCCUCGUAUAUCCUGCGUCCUGGCAAUGCUCUUGUCUCCUCGUACAGUGUCAACUAUCCCCAUCAGCAUUUGCAAAAGCCGGUAGUGUUCCAAACGGCAGUGAAGCCUCUGCAUUUCCAUGCUCCUCCGGUACAUGGUCAUGGUCAUGUCCAUGCCGUGCAGCCCACCUAUGUCCAGGCCUUUGCUCCCACGGCACCCGCUGUGCCUGUCCAGCCUGUGCAGCCUGUCCAAAGUAUUCCCAGCAUUCCCACUAUCCAACCUCUGCCACUGCAACCCGUUCAGCCGGUGACCCAUAUACAGCCUUUGCAACCUGUGACUCCUGUUCAGCCUGUCCAACCCACGGUGACCUUUGGAGUUCAGCCUGUUCAACCUGUGCAGCCUGUCCAGCCCCUCCAGCCUGUCCAGCCCCUCCAGCCUGUCCAACCCUCCGUAACCUUUGGCCUUCCUUCGCCACCCCCCGCUGUGGAUGUCCCAGCAAUUCCCCAAUUUCCUGGAGUUCCCACCUUUAGUUUCCAGCCAGCUCAACCAGCUCAACCCGCUCAGCCAGUGCCCGCCCAACCAGCGAUUCCAGCUAAUCCCGAGGCACCAGAAGUACCCCAGAUCCCAGCCAUACCACAGGUUCCCCAGAUACCACAGAUCCCAGCCAUACCACAGAUUCCUCAGAUCCCCCAAUUCCCACAGAUCCCCCAGUUUCCCAGCUUCCCGGGCUUCCCACAGAUCCCGCAGUUCCCUCAAGCGCCUGCUGUUCCCUCGGUACCCUCAGUGCCCAGUUUUCCCAAUCCUCCUCCCACCACCAAUCAGUUCUUUCCGGCGGCACCACAGCCACCAUUAACCCAGCAGCCGCCGACUUUUAUACAGCCAGAGGCUCAGUUUCCUGGGGGAAUUGUGCCACUACCAGGAUCCCAGCCCGUUAUCCCAGAAUCUGGCACUGGCAUAGCCUCCCCACAGAUUCCACAGAUUCCACAGUCACCUCAGCCCCAGCCACAACCUCAACCCCAGCCAGAGCCCCAGCCCGAGGCGGAGUUGCCGCCAUUGCCCACCCAGAGACCCAGCCAGCAGCAGCCUUGGAAGCCUGUGUUCUACCAGCCACCCGCCGAAUCCUCGCCCGCGUCGCCCAAUCGUCCCUCGAUCACGCUGCUGCCACCAUAUGGCAGUUCGCCACCAGAAGGCUACCUGCCACCCGUGGGCUCUCAGCCGUUGCCAUUGAGCUCCAGCAGCGGUGGUGUGGGCAGCCAUGGGGGGAUCUUUGACCAGCUGAGCGAUGCCGAGCUGGAGCACAUCUUUGCCCAGGCCCAUUUGACGCAGCAGCGUCACAAUUACCAUCACUACUAGGAAGCUUCGAGGGAAUACUCUAACCUUAGGCACAUUUUAUCAUUUUUUUUGUUUUUUUU